AUGUCCGCCACAAUGAGAUCAGCCCGCCUGGUGCGCCAUACCACCGCAUUGCGACCGGCGCUGACCGUUCGCUCUCGCGCUAGCGCAUUGGGCCCGGCCUCGCUGGCCGCGGCCAACACCCUGCUUUACAAUGGCCGAGGCAUCCCAGCCCAGGUGUCGGCUCUCGCCAUCCUCCUCCCCCAGCGCGGAUAUGCUACCGAGCAUAACACUUCGACCUCGUCGCCCCAGUCAUACCCGCCGCCUGGCUUCAAUGCAGAACAAGCAAAGAAGCCGAUUCCCCAGGAUCAAGCUCAGACUGUCAAGCCUGCUGCCUCAUCGCAGUCGGACGUCGUCAAGACCCGUGCUCGUGAUGUGGCUACCAAGGCCGUUGCAGUGGAGGGUACUAAGAGUGUGGCUGAGGAGAAGAAGGAGACUAAGAAGUUGACCAUCGGUCAGAAGAUUAAGAAGGAGGCCCAGCAUUACUGGGAUGGUACCAAGUUGCUUGCCACCGAGGUCAAGAUUAGUUCUCGGUUGGCGCUGAAGAUGGCCGGUGGUUAUGAGCUCAGUCGGAGAGAGCACCGUCAGCUUCAACGUACCGUCAAGGAUCUCGGCCGUCUCGUUCCAUUCUCGAUGUUCGUCAUUGUUCCCUUUGCCGAACUCCUACUCCCAGUCGCCCUUAAGCUCUUCCCCAAUAUGCUUCCUAGCACCUACGAGGGUCAGAAGGGCCGCGAGACCAAGGCUCUCAAGUUGAGCUCGACCCGCAAGGAGGUUUCUGCCUUCCUCCGUAACACACUCCGUGAGACUGGUCUGCCUUUGACCGCUGCUACUGUCAAGAACGAAGAGUUUGCAGACUUCUUCCGCAAGAUUCGCACUACGGGCGAGUCUCCCUCCACCGAGGACGUCAUCAAGGUCUGCAAGAUCUUCAAGGAUGACUUGACUCUCGACAACCUAUCGCGCCCCCAGCUAGUCGCUAUUUGCCGCUACAUGAACCUGAACUCGUUCGGUACUGAUGCCAUGCUUCGCUACAACAUUCGCCACCGCAUGCGCCAGAUUAAGCGUGACGACCGGGCUAUUUCCUACGAGGGUGUCACCUCGCUGUCCGUGCCUGAGUUGCAGAUGGCCUCUGCCAGCCGUGGUAUUCGCACCCACGGUGUUUCCCCUGCCCGUCUGCGUGAGGACCUGUCCAUGUGGUUGGACCUGCGUCUCAAGCAGGGCGUUCCCUCUACCCUGCUCGUCCUGAGCAACGCGUACAUGUAUACUCAGGGUGGUAAGGAGUCCGAGAUGGCCUCGCAGAUUGAUGCGCUCAAGUCGGUUCUCUCCAGCAUCCCCGAAGAGCUGUUCCACGAGAUUGAGCUUGAGGUGCACAACGCCGAGGGUGCUGCUACCAACAAGCAGCGUCUGGAGGUCAUCAAGGAGCAGGAGGAGCUGAUUGAGGAGGAGAACGAGCAGAACAGCGAGAACGAGGGCAAGGGCGUUGCUGCCCCCAAGGAUAUCGAAGAUAUCGAUGAGAAGGAAGAGCACAACAAGCUGGAAGCCGCUGCCGAAAAGCAAUCAUCCGAAGCUACCGAGGCGAUGGCUGAGGGCGCAAAGGUUGCGCAGACUCCUGCCGCCAAGGAAGAGACCAAGACGGGCCAGAGCUCGUAA